ACCCCCUAUGUGAAAACAUUCCGGAUGUCUGUACAGCUCAGCCUCAUCUUACUCUCGGUUUUAGUGACAAGCUGCUUCCUCCUACAACACAGUCUGACUGAAUCAAAAGAUGGUUAGUGUCUCCACAAGCGCUCAGAUACCGCGUUUACACCGAGGUUAUACUCCCAAAAAGUAGGCGCUCCGUCGCUAGCUAGAACCAGCCGGCGAUGAUCGAUUAUUUCCAGAGAUGUAGCCGGGGCUGCUGCACACCUCCGUUACUUGGAAACCGUCAGAAAUUUUCUGCGGAAAGUCUUUCUCUUCGGAUGGAACACGUUUAGAGACAAAGCGGCUGCCACGGGGCUGUUUUCUCCGGUUGUUUUGUGAUAAUGGAGGAAGCCAGGCUCUGAGUGACACAAUGUCUUGGGGGGAGUUCAUCGAGCUCCGUGACCUGAGGCCAGACCAAGAGCAGAUAGAGCUGACGCACGGCACACGUUCGCCCUGCUCACCUCCACGCCUGGAGAGAGCCAAUGCCCUGAGGAUCAGCCCGGGGAAGGUCCCAGACCUGCUGAGCCGGGUGGGCAUCAUCAGAGUCCUGAGCAGCACUCAGGACCCCCAGCUCACUGAGGAGAAGGGAGAGGGACACAACUUCCAGCCCUGCAGCCACGCUCAGCCCACGUGGUGUGACCUGUGUGGAGACUUCAUCUGGGGCCUGUAUAAGCAGAGCCUGCGGUGUGCCAAUUGUAGAUUCACAUGUCACUACCGCUGUCGUGCUCUGAUCCGGUUGGACUGCAGCUGGGACAGAGGCGCCGUGGCUGACCACACAUAUGUUGUGGAGCACACCAUAGAAACAGACACAAAUGUGGAUGAACACACUGAAUGGGGAAAGCAGGAGUUGAACACUGCAGAUUAUCAGCAGAAGGUGAAGGAAUACAACGCUCAAAUCAACAGCAAUCUGUUCAUGAACAUGAACAAGGAUGGUUCCUACACUGGCUUCAUAAAGGUACAGUUCAAGUUGGUGCGACCUGUGUCAGUUCCACCUCCUAAGAAAGGAGGUCAUGAUGCUAGAGGGAGGAAGGCUAGCGGAGUGAAGCGUCGCACCUCUUUCUACCUGCCAAAGGAUGCAUCCAAGCACCUGCACAUAAGCUCACGCACUUCUGCUCGUGAGGUCAUUGAAGCUUUGUUGAAAAAGUUUACUGUGGUGGACAAUCCUGGCAAGUUUGCUCUGUUUGAGCGCAGCGAGCGUCAUGACCAAGUUUAUGUUCGCAAGGUAUCUGAUGAUGAGCAUCCCCUCCGUCUGCGUCUGUGUGCUGGGCCCAAUGAGAAAGUUCUCAGCUUUGUUCUGAAAGAGAAUGAAACUGGAGAAGUCAAUUGGCAUGCCUUCACCAUGCCGGAGUUGAAGAACUUCCUGCUCAUUCUGAAGCGAGAAGAGGAGGAGCACGUCAAGCAGAUAGUGCAGCGGUACGCUCUGGCCCGCACUAAGAUGCGAGAGGCUCUGGCUGGCUCGACCCCAGGCUGAUACGACUCUGCGCUCGGGGUUUAACGUGCACCUCUUGGCUGGACAAUCGCCUGAAGAUGACCAGUCAUCGCUGCAUCCAAAGAUCCCAGAUAAUGCAACUCAAAACGCCUCUUGGGUGAACGAGAGAGUGAGACAGGGCGCAAGACAAUGAGAGAGAGCUGGCGCGAAUGUGCGUGUGAAAUGAUGCGAGAGAUGAGAAGUGCCUUACACCUGGAGAGUCUGAUGUGCCUGAGAGAAUGAGUUGAGAGAAGUGAAUACUGGCAGAUGAGACAGUGGUCGUAUCCAGUAAUGUCUUUUGCUAUUGGGUACCAUCUGAUUAUCCUGUGUACCUCAGCUGUAUCACUGUAACUGUGUCACUUUAACUUAAAAAAAAAAAAAAUGUCAGUGAUGGUUUUGGCAUUAUUAGGUAUAAUAAAAAAUAAAAUGUGGAUUUUACAUAAUGUAGAUGUAGUGCUGAAGUCUAGCCCUGUGUUGUAAUUGAGCCUAAAAAUCACAUAUCUAGAAUUACAUUCCUUUAUAAUUUUCCAGAAUAUAAAAUUGGUAAUGUGUCCAAUCCUGACAUUACUGCCAAGUUUAGACGAUAUAUCAUACUUCUUAACCUCCAUAUUAACAUUUUUAAUUUAUACUGUUAGAAAGUUAAAUACACAUUUGUUGCUGAAGGUAUUUGGAUUUUCAUUUGACCCAGGCUAAAAAAUCUGCCAUGUCUUCUCGACACCCCUGAUGGGUGAAACUCUUUUUUUUUUUUUUUUUUUUUUUUUUUUUUAAUACUGUCAGAUUGUGAGUUUGACUGAUGUAUGGACAUUUGUAUGCAUCUAUGAAUGUCAGAGAGAGCAGUGUCACUCUGGUUGACUGGAAUCUUGAAUGAAUAUUGGUAUACAUGUGUUUCACCGGAAGCUGUUCGUCAUUCCUUAUAUCUUUGUUUUUUCUGUCCUUAAAAAUAAUUCUGUUUUUCAGUUCACUAUCAUUGUGUCCGUCUAUGCACAUAUUUACAUGUUGAAGCAACAAUUCCUAACGUCGUGACAAAUGUGCACUGCGUUCAGUAAAGAAUUUCCCAGUUAAAAUUU